AUGUCGCAACCCGAGGAGACUAAAAAGCCCAGGGUUGAUGAGGGGCCGGAUUCAGACGGCACUAGCAGCAUCGAUACCAUCACUGCGUUGGUGGUGGAGGACCACAAGCACGAAAUCAAGCUGCGGACAAUGUCAUGGCAAAAGGCCGCUUGGUUGCUUGCCGGUGACCAGGUUUGUCUGGCCAUUAUGUCGCAGUCAUGGUCGCUUUCUGUCCUGGGAUGGGUUCCUGGAAUCAUCACCAUGCUUCUAUCCGGAGCCCUAUUCUGGAUCACCUCAAUUACGAUGCACAAAUUCAUCAUGAAACACCCUCAAAUCCGAGACAUCUGCGACUUUGGUUAUUAUGCCUUUGGCCAAAGCAAAAUCGCAUAUAUCUUCACGGCCUUUAUGUUGCUGGCUAACAACAUUUUGCUCAUCGGUUUCCAUGUCCUCACUGGCGCUAAGAUUCUCAACACGCUUUCGGACCAUUCGCUUUGCACUGUAGUGUUCUCGGUAAUCGCAAUGUUGAUGGGUAUUGUGCUAUCACUGCCCCGAACUCUACAUCACGUUUCGUUCAUGUCAAUGUUUUCUGCUGCCUGCAUGGGUAUGGCUAUCCUUUUAUUCCUCAUCUUCGCGGGUAUCGAAGCAGCACCCCUCGUCGGUUACAGCGGUAACUACCCAACCGACGGCCCUGUUCAUACCUACGCCUUCCCUCUUCCGGGUACCACAUGGGUCCAAUGCAUGAACGCUGUGUUGAACAUCACUUUCCUCUGGGUCCCCCAGAUCCUAUUCCCCACAUUCAUCUCCGAGAUGGAGAAGCCGCAAGACUUUCCCAAGUCUCUGGCCGUUCUGGCCGGUAUCUCUACUAUACUGUUCAUUAUCCCGCCGUCCAUCGGGUUCAGAUACCUUGGUCAGUACUCAACAGCGCCUGCAUUCGGAAGCCUGGGCGUCGUCGCAUACAAGAAAGCCUCAUUUGCAUUCGUCAUUGUUCCCACACUCGUUAUCGGUGCGAUUUAUGCCAACGUCUCUGCGAAAUUUAUCUAUUUCCGAAUAAUGGGAAAAUCUCACCAUGCCCACAGCAACACCGUUAUCGGAUGGGGUAUUUGGUUCUUGGUCAUGGCCUUCAUCUGGAUCCUGGCCUUUGUCUUCUCCGAGGUUGUCCCCAGUAUGGGUGAUUUCUUGUCUUUGCUCGGUGCCGCAUUUGACUCGUUCUUCGGAUUUAUCUUCUUUGCUGUUGCGUACUGGAAUUUAUAUAGGAAAAAUCUGUUCGACGGCGUUAGCAGGACAGUAAUGACUUUUAUUCAUGCGUUUGUCAUGAUUGUCGGUUUGUUUUUAUUGGGACCAGGACUUUAUGCGGCGGUGGAGGCUAUUAUUGCUGAUUAUUCGGGUUCCACGACACCGGCGUUUGCUUGUGCUAAUCUUGCUCUGUGA